CCUUCAAAACAACAACAUUCGUUUUCCAGUGUAGUAAACUUAUGAUAUCUACGGGUUUCCAAAUACUUUCUCAAAGUAAGUUUUGAUAUACGAAGAGAAACAAGAUGGAUGAGCGGCCUUCAUCAAACCUAAGCUUGAGAGCAUCUGAAAUCGUGAAAAAUGUACUGGAGAACGCACGCGGUGCCCUCGGCCACCAGCAAGAGGUGGAAGACUCCACCGAAUACGAGUUUAGAAACAUCGAAUGGAUCACUUGCAAGGACUUUACAAUUGAACUGGGGAAACUGCGAAUCGAGGAGUACAUCCACACAUGGGAGGUGCACACCAGCUGGCUUUUUAGCCUAGUAUUCCUCCAGGAGACGGAUCACGAGUUUCACAAACAGUACCACUACCGGGCACAAUGGAGCAUCCCCACCCGACGCACCCCGAUCCCCAAGGCGACUGCCUGUGUCUACUUUGUCAUUGUGAUUUCCAAGAUCAAACCUCAGACUUUGCCCGUGGAGGUGUACUUUCUAGUGGAGUCGAACAGGCUGACACACAGGCCAGGGCAAACGAGGUUCAGGGAGAAGUGGUUGAAAGACGUAAUCGAGAGCAAAACGUUGCUCCAGAAUACUGUAGACUUUUAGCUGUCCAUUCCAAUGUUUACAUUGCUAACGUUUCUGUGGCGAAUAUUCAUCUCGAGACACCUAACGUUACCUAGCGAGCACAUAUCCAGGCCAAAGGGGAACACACGAGACUUUACAUGGACUUGUAUCAAUAAAGGGACCACUGCCUUCACUGUGAAGAGUUGGAAAAAAACAUAUCAGCAUAGAUAUUUGUUUUACAACUCGGUCGUUUUUUGCUAGCUAGCUUAGCUUGCUAACUAGCGAUACAACCCAGCAGCUAGUACCUAACGUUAAUGUAUUUUACGCCUGCUACGCUGGGUUAGCUAACUAGCAAUGCAGCAUCAGCUCGCUAAUCAUCAUUGAGUUUACGACAGCCCAUUUCAAAAGGUGUUUUGUAAAUUAUGAUAAAACCUACACAAAUGUAACAUGUCAUCCAAGGAAAUUACCAGAAUAAUCAGCGUUUCAUUGACAGAUCUGCUCGCUUAGGAAAACAGGAAAUGUGUAAAUAUACAAUAGAUCACGUUACGGUGCUCUGCUUCUCGAUUGGCUGUUUCAUAGGCACGUCAACCGCUAACCACCAACCACGAGAGGGCAUGCAUUGACUGCUCUCUAACACUAGAGGGCAGCAUUUUAUGUGAGAUCAUCCUCCCUGUGUGAAUCAUUAGAUUUCAUUCUGGAACAGCUACAGUAUUUCAUUGAAUUUAAAUAGGCGAAAAAUCA